AUCCGCGAGUUGAACUCGCCCUAACUAGUUUGUCCCUGAGGCCGCCUCGUAGGCGGCGUCGCGUCGCUGAGCGUCUCUCUAGGCUACAUUGUCAUGGCUGCUGGUGGUGGUGUUACCCCUGUUGGCGAGGGGCUGCGCUACGCCGAGUACUCUCCGCCCUCGGCCAAAAGGCCAGACGCCGAUAUCGACCAGGGACUGGCAAGAAGUUUGAUAGCUGUAGGACUGGGUGUUGCAGCCUUUGCAUUUGCAGGUCGCUAUGCAUUUCAAAUCUGGAAACCUCUAGAGCAUGUAAUCACAGAAACAGCAAAGAAGAUUUCAAAUCCUGGCCUUUCAUCCUACUAUAAAGGAGGAUUUGAACAGAAAAUGAGUAGGCGAGAAGCUAGUCUUAUUUUAGGUGUAAGCCCAUCUGCUGGCAAGGCCAAGAUUAGAACAGCCCAUAGAAGAAUCAUGAUUUUGAACCACCCAGACAAAGGUGGAUCCCCUUACUUAGCAACCAAAAUAAAUGAAGCUAAAGACUUGCUAGAAUCAAGCACCAAACAUUAAUUGAUGCUCAAG